GCCGCUGAGGCUGGACUGGCCAAAGCCUUCCUGGAUAGAAAGGGAAGCCAGCCCGGAGUGGAAGUCAUGUGGUCCAGGGUUAAGCUGGGCAUCUUCCUAAACAGACUUUCACUCCUUCUGCUACUGAUGGCAGCGGAGGAGGCCAAAGCUGGAUCCCUCAAAGAGAGUCAGGGGGUCUGCUCCAAGCAGACGCUGCUGGUCCCGCUUCGCUACAACGAGUCCUACAGUCAGCCAGUUUACAAGCCCUAUUUGACCCUGUGCGCUGGGAGGCGCACCUGCAGCACCUACAGGACCACGUACCGCGUGGCGUGGCGUGAGGUGAGGCGGGAAGUGCUGCAGACCCACACCGUAUGCUGCCAGGGCUGGAAGAAGCGACACCCCGGGGCGCUCACCUGUGAAGCCAUCUGCUCCAAGCCUUGUCUCCACCGAGGCGUCUGCAUUGGGCCCGAGCAGUGCCAGUGCGCCCCUGGCUGGGGGGGGAAGCGCUGCCACGUGGACGUGGAUGAGUGCAGGACCAGCGCUCCCCUCUGCUCCCACCUCUGCCUCAACACUGCGGGCAGCUUCGCCUGCCGCUGCCCCCGUGGCCUGCAGCUGGGAGCCGACGGGCGCACGUGCGCCGAGGGGUCCUCGGAGCCCCCGACCGGCGCCGGCGUGCUCAGCGUGGCGGUUCGGGAAGCGGAGCCCGCGCGCGCUCUGCGGCGGGACGUGGAGGAGCUGCGCGCGCGCCUGGAGCGGCUGGAGCAGUGGGCCGCGCGGGCCGGGGCCUGGGUGCGAGCCGUGCUGCCCGUCCCGCCCGAGGAGCUGCAGCCCGAGCAGGUGGCGGAGCUGUGGGGUCGCGGGGACAGGAUCGAGUCGCUCAGCGAGCAGGUGCUGCUGCUGGAGGAAAGGCUGGGCGCCUGUUCCCGGGAGGACAACCGCCUGGGCGCCGGCCUCGCCCGCCCCUUCCCCUAAAUUAUACACGAGCCCCGGGGCCGGCCCGCUGGAAGCCGCCCCGAGCGAGGACGAGGACCGUGGAGACCCGAGGCCGGGGGUGGGGGCUGCGGCCCGCCCGGUACUGCGGCCGGAUGAGCAGCCCUGGCGACGGACUGUCUUCGGCCCACGACACAAAAACGCACCCACAUCUCUCUUUCUCUUUAUUCUCAUUUGUUUGCUGAUAUCCAGGUAAUUAAUAAAAACCAACCACACGAAA